GGCGGGGGUCGGUAACGGGCCGGGGCCGGGCGGGGGGCGCUGAGCGGGGCCGCUCCGCUGCCCGGGGCCCCCCGCGCCCCCAUGGACCCCGACGUGGACUACGAGCGCCCCAACGUCGAGACCAUCAAGUGCGUGGUGGUGGGCGACAACGCGGUGGGCAAGACGCGGCUGAUCUGCGCCCGCGCCUGCAACGCCACGCUGAGCCAGUACCGGCUGCUGGCCACACACGUGCCCACCGUGUGGGCCAUCGACCAGUACCGCGUCUGCCAGGAGGUGCUGGAGCGCUCCCGGGAUGUGGUGGACGAGGUCAGCGUUUCCCUGCGCCUCUGGGACACCUUCGGGGACCACCACAAGGACCGGCGCUUCGCCUAUGGCAGGUCGGACGUGGUGGUGCUCUGCUUCUCGCUGGCGAACCCCAACUCUCUGCGACACGUGAAGACCAUGUGGUACCCCGAGAUCAAGCACUUCUGUCCCCGCACGCCCAUCGUGCUGGUGGGCUGCCAGCUGGACCUGCGCUACGCUGACCUGGACGCCGUCAACCGCGCGCGCCGGCCGCUGGCCAAGCCCAUCAAGCCCUCGGACAUCCUGCCGCCGGAGCGGGGGCACGAGGUGGCCCAGGAGCUGGGGGUGCCCUACUACGAGACCAGCGUGGUGGCCCAGUUCGGGGUCAAGGACGUGUUCGACAAUGCCAUCCGUGCCGCGCUCGUGUCCCGCCGCCACCUGCAGUUCUGGAAGUCCCACCUGCGCAAGAUGCAGCGCCCGCUGCUGCAGGCGCCCUUCCUGCCCCCCAAGCCCCCCCCGCCCCUCAUCCAGGUGCCUGAUGCUCCCCCCGGCCUGGGGGGCGGCCCGGCCGCGCUGUUCCAAGCCCCGCUCUGCGCCGACGUCGUCUUCCAGCUGCAGGGCGGCCACCGCGUCUUCGCCCACCGCGUCUACCUGGCCACCGCCUGCUCCCGCUUCUACGACCUCUUCACGCUGGAGACCUCCAGCGAGGGGGAAGGGGGGGCCCGUGACCUGUCAUCGUGGGGCCGCGGCUUCCUGAGCCUGCGCUGGGAGCCGGUGGCCGACCCGGUGGCGGGGCGGGAGCGGCGGAUGGCGGUGGUGGCCAUGGACCGCGGCGUGCGGCCGGAGCCGCUCCGCGCCGUGCUGGAGUAUCUGUACACGGGCAGGCUGGAGCGGCCCCACGGCGACCUGCGGCAGGUGGGUGCCGUGGCCGAGCUGCUGGAGGUGUUCGACCUGCGCAUGAUGGUGGCCAACGAGCUCAACCAGGAGAGCUUCAUGAACCAGGAGAUCACCAAGGCCUUCCACGUGCGCCGCGCCAACCGCGUCAAGGAGUGCCUGGCCAAGGGCGUCUUCGCAGACGUGGUGUUCCGUGUGGAUGACGGCGCCGUGCCGGCGCACAAGCCGCUGCUCAUCGCCGGCUGCGACUGGAUGAGGGCCAUGUUCCGGGGGGGAUUCCGCGAGAGCUACGCCGACGAGGUGUCCCUGCCGGGCACCAACUGCGCCUGCCUCCGCGCCGUCCUCGACUUCCUCUACACGGGGGUCUUCACCCCCACGCCCGACCUGGACGCCAUGGAGCUGCUCAUCCUCACGGACCGGCUGUGCCUGCCGCGGCUGCAGGCGCUCACCGAGCAAUACGCCGUGGACGAGCUGCUGCGAGCCUUCAUGCAGCGCGUGGAGAUCGACGAGCAGGUCAUCAUCUACCUGGAGAUGACGCAGUUCCACAAUGCCCGGCAGCUGGCGGCGUGGUGCCUGCACUACAUCUGCACCAACUACAACCGCGUGUGCCGCCGCUUCCCCCGCGAGAUGAAGUUCAUGUCCCCAGAGAACCAGGCGCACUUUGAGCGGCACCGCUGGCCCCCGGUGUGGUACCUGAAGGAGGAGGAUCUGUACCUGCGCUCCAAGAAGGAGCGGGAGCGCGAGGAGCAGCUGCAGCGCAAGCAGCACCCCCGCAGCAAGUGGUGCUUCUGGCGGCCCUCACCCCCCGUGGCCUGAGCGGGGGGCUCGGGGAGGGCACUGGGGGGCUCGGGGGGGCUGGGAGCCCCUGUGCUGA